CUUCCGGAAAGGAUUGUGUUUCGCGCAUUGAUAAGUAAUUCACCUUCCUGGUUUGAACGCUACCUUGUCAGGAGGAAACUGAACUGUACCUUCUGAAGCAGAAUACAGAGGCUGUGAGUGGGUUAUCAGGCAGUCUCCCUAUGUCAGGCCGAAACGGGUCUGCAAGUGAUGCAGACUGCCGGAUCUCUGAGGACUGCCGUGCCCCAGAUGUUGAGCUGAUGGAGCUGGGGCCGCUGCUGGAGGAGGGAGGGGGGCGGCAGUCAGCAUCUAAAGGCGUCCUUUCAGAGGGAGCCGCAAUGCUUGCUGAGGAGGAAGAGGAAGAUGAUGAGGUGGGAGAGGUCCUAACCUUACCACUUCAGGCUCACCACGCCAUGGAGAAGAUGGAGGAGUUUGUACACAAGGUUUGGGAGGGGCGCUGGAGGGUCAUCCCUUUCCAUGUCCUGCCAGAGUGGCUAAAGGACAACGAUUACCUUCUGCAUGGACAUCGGCCCCCUAUGCCCUCCUUCCGGGCCUGCUUUGGGAGCAUCUUCAGAAUUCACACUGAGACAGGAAACAUCUGGACUCACUUGUUAGGGCUGAUCUUAUUCAUUUGCCUGGGCACGUUAACCAUGCUGCGGCCCAACAUGUAUUUUAUGGCCCCGCUGCAAGAGAAAGUGGUGUUUGGGAUGUUCUUCCUGGGAGCUGUGCUCUGCCUCAGCUUCUCCUGGCUUUUUCAUACAGUCUACUGCCACUCUGAGAAAGUGUCUCGCACCUUCUCCAAGCUUGACUACUCGGGCAUUGCCCUCCUGAUCAUGGGCUCCUUCGUGCCCUGGCUGUACUACUCCUUCUAUUGUUCUCCUCAGCCUCGACUUAUCUACCUCACCAUUGUAUGUGUCCUCGGCAUUGCAGCAAUCAUAGUUGCCCAAUGGGACCGGUUCUCUACACCUCGUCACAGACCUACAAGAGCAGGUGUCUUCAUGGGUCUUGGACUGAGCGGCAUUGUUCCCACCAUGCACUUCACCAUCGAGGAGGGCUUUGUUAAGGCCACCACAGUCGGCCAGAUGGGUUGGUUCUACCUGAUGGGUGCCAUGUAUAUCACUGGUGCUGGUCUGUAUGCAGCCAGGAUCCCUGAACGCUAUUUCCCUGGAAAGUGUGACAUCUGGUUCCACUCUCAUCAGAUUUUUCAUGUUCUGGUUGUGGCAGCGGCAUUCGUCCAUUUCUACGGGGUUUCCAACCUGCAGGAGUUCCGCUAUGGUCUCGAGGGUGGAUGCACAGAUGACACUCUACUCUGAGAGGCCUGACUGUGACUUACUCAUAUGUUUCUUUAUAGUCCCACACACAACACAACACAACACACACACACACACACACACACACACACACACACAUAUAUACACACAAACAAACACGCACACAUGCUCAAUCACUUAAAAUGCUGCUGGAAUUCAAUAUAGUCACUUAUUGCUCCUUCUGUACUUCUGAUUUGCUAACAUCUUGUUUGGGUUUUGGUGGUCUUUCUGUUUGGCUCUUUUUUGCUCCAAUAAAGUAGCAUUAACUAGC